UCCGCUUCGGUCCCUGCUGAUUGCCGGCCAUGGAGGACACCGCGGUCGAGGAGGCGGAGGUGAGCGGCGCGGCCGAGUUCGCGCCGGCGCUCGUCGCCGCCCACCCGUUCGGCCACUCCGUCGCCGUCGCCGUCGGGCCCGAUCUCCGGGUGUUCGAUCUCCAAGGUGGUUGUGCAGUCUCACUGACGGAUGAUUCUGGCGGCCCUGCUCAUUCGGAUGCUAUCAGAGCUAUAACGUUUGGUGCUGGUGGUGACUUGUUCGCGUCUGCGGGCGAUGACAAGCUUGUGAAGGUCUGGAAGACCCGUUCGUGGCGCUGCAUCCGCACUAUAACUUCUGAAAAGAGGGUCAGUGCAGUUGCUUUUAGCAACGAUGGCCUCUAUGUUGCCUUUGCCGAUAAAUUUGGUGUAAUUUGGUUAGUUACUCUGGGGGAAGAUGAUGAAGGGCAGGUGUCAGCUGAUAGCAAACCUGUGUCAAUUUUCGGUCACUACUGCAGUAUUAUUACUAGCAUGAAAUUCUCACCAGAUGGACGGUUCAUUGCCACUGCUGACCGGGACUUCAAAAUCCGAGUUACGUCGUUCCCAAAAAACCCCAUGAAAGGGGCUACCGAAAUACAGAGCUUUUGCCUUGGACAUACAGAAUUCGUUUCUUGCAUUGCCUUCACACGCAUUUCAGGAGGGUCGUGCUUUCUAUUAUCUGGAGGCGGUGAUUCAACGGUUAGGUUAUGGGACCACAUAAAUGGCUGCCUCCUCGAUACAUAUGACGUCAGAGACAAUGUGGGAGAACUCUCCGAGCCAAAUGAAUCCGAAGACAGCAAUCUAGCCAUUGGGAACAUAUGUCUGACAAAUAAUAACUCAAUGGUUGCUGUAGCUAUUCAAAGUUUGAAUGGGCUGAUGCUCUUAGCAUGUGAUCUUGUAGCAAAGAAGUUGUCUUUUCUAAAGGUGAUUCGAACGGAGAAGAGCUACAUUCCUACUAGCUUAGCUUCCAGAUGCUGGGAGGGUCUUCUGUGGACUGUUAUGGGUGCAUCAAAUAUGCCUAACCAGUCUGCAUCCCAGCUAUUGACCCGUGUAAGAAUCAUCCCCCUGAUCCAGAAAGAUGUAGAAGCCUCGGCUGGUCAUGACUUUGCGGCCCUUGACGACGCUGAAGUACCGCAUGGCGAGAAACUUCUCUUGGCGCUGCAAGGCAGCCUCGACUCGUCAAAGCAAGAGGAGGUGCUGGCCGCGGUACUCGCCGCUCUGAAGGUCUCGAUGCACAAGAUGCUGGUGAAGAAGAACUACUCGGAGGAGCGCAGGGAGCAGAGGAAGAGGGGCAGGAACGACAAGAAGAUCAAGAACUAGCUUUUGUUGGGCCUGAAACAGUACCAAAUUACACAGGUCCUCGUUGUUGUGUUGUAGCAUGAGAAACUGAGCGCGAGAAAGAAAUGUAUUGACAAGUUGUAAGAGUAGACCAGAUUCAGCAAAAUUUUCUUGUGACAAA